UGUUGUGUUGUACGUGUCUGCGUCUGUGCAUGUGUGUGCGUGCGCGAUGACAAAUUCAUCGAGCUCGCGACGACGAGUGGCGCGCCUUCUCUCGGAAUAUCGAGAAACGAGAAAAAUCGUUUUCUCUUAUCGCAUACUUCAGGUGCAUCUGGAAAUUCUACCCGCGGUAGUAGAUUAAUUUAAUUGAGAGUUAAUAGUUAACUGACUAAUCGGAAGAAGCUUAUUUUAUCUCGAUUGAUCAAUCAAACCUUACUUUACUCUAGGAUUUCCGAAUCGUUAAAAUGUAUUUGGACAUUCCGAAUAUUCUACAAUUUAAGUGAAGCGAAAUUAUAAUAUAAGAUUGCUGUGUGUUUCGAAGAAGAAUAUAGUAAUAAAUAUGAGCGAAGAAGAAAAUAUUAUCGCAAUUUCGAUAAUUCGAAUGGAGAAACUUUUGGCGGGAAUUUCUAGCAAACUAAGAGAAUUGAUUGAAAAACGCGGUAUUGAAACUUCGCUGUUGCUUCAAGAAAUUAUUAAUCUCAUUGAACUGUUUAAAAAAUGUGUCAAAUCUCGAAUGAAAAGGACUUCUGAAGGAGAACGUAUGCAUGUUAUCAAUUUGCAUGAAAGCCAGACAAAAAUAGCGGAAACUUUAUCGGAAUUUGAAGUUUUGCAGAAACUAUCUAACGAACAAAACUCGAAUUUCGAAAUUUUUAUAAGAGAUAUGGUUGUCUGCAUAAACGACGAGGAAGAAAUAAUGAGAAGCAUUCGAAAAACAUCAGAAUUAGAAAUACCAAGAGAAAUAGAGGAAUCACUGCAAAAGAUGUUAAUUGUAGCAGAAGAAGAAGAAAUGCGAAUGAAGUCAUCGCAAGCUGAAAUAGAUUCAGCAAAAUGCAAAUUAUACGAUGUCAUGGAGUUCAAUGCGGAAGCCGAAAGGAAACUUUUCGACGUAUGCGCGAAAGUCGAGCGGAAAUAUUUAGAUCUUCUCGCUAAAUAUGAUCGCGAUAUUGGCGGAUUUCAUGCUUCGAUGGAGAAAUUGUCAAAAGACAAGGAAAUUAUUGAAGCAGAAACGAAAAAUGUAGAAGAUCAGUUGAGUAUACAACGAGUGUUAUAUACUCAAUAUAAAAAGGAGCGAGAAAUAGCGCUGAUGAUAGCUUUUACCAAAAAAUUAGACAUGUUUAGGCAAAAUCGUGCCGCCAAGAUUAUUCAAAAAACAUGGAAAACAUAUUACGAACGCAUUUCUUUAAAGAAACGAAGAAAAAGGAAGAAAUAGUCAACUUUAUUAACUAAUCUGCUUUUUACAUAUUGUAUCUUGAUAUACAUAUACCUCACUUUUAUUUUAUGUAUCUAAUUCAGUUUUAGUUUAAAUGAAAAAAAUAUUCUUGGCAACUUUUGCGAUAAGAAAUGAGUAUACGCGAAAAUAAUAUAUUUUUUUUUAAAUAAAAUACACAUAAUCUAUUAUCGCAAUGAUUAGACGGAAAAGUGUAAUAAUUGACAUUUACGUGAUCUAAUAUUUUUUUUAUUCACUGAGUUGACAAAGCAUAGCCGCUCCUCUCAUGAUCCAAUGUUCUGGUGGUUUUAUCGUGGGCAACCAUAUGGCUAUGACAAAAUUCGUAGAGUGACCAGUGGUGGACAGUACCCCGCGACGUUCGCUAGUUUUAUAAAGCGGACAAGUAUACGAUCGCCUUUCCUCGAUAUCCUGCUUUUUCUUCGGUAUCAGCCACAGCUGUAAAAAUAAUAUGUAUAGCGAAAAAUUAAGCUUCAGAAUUUUACGCAAUACAUCAAUAAAAAUUGAAAUUUUAUCUCUAAAACGUGUGUUCCAAUAAAGUUGUCUAGAAAGAACGAGAAUACAUUUUUUGUUAUGCAUGUCUUUGCAUUUUUCUUAAUUUUAAUUAAGUAUUAUUAAUUUA